AUGAAGCAAAUUUUGCAAAAGACUGUCAAUGCACAAUGGAAGGAUUGGGAAGAAAAGCUAGAUGAGGCAUUAUGGGCAUAUAGAACUACGUAUAAAACUCCCAUCAGAACAUCCCCUUACCAAAUGGUGUUUGGACAAAAGAGGUUAGACCAGUUGCAUGAGUUAGAAGAAUUCUGGCUCCAUGCCUAUGAAAAUGCCAAGCUCUAUAAGGAGAAAAACAAGCGAUGGCACGAUAAGCACAUCAUCACUCGUAUUUUUGAACCAGGACAAAAGGUAAUCAUCUCUAACUCUAGACUCAAGCUUUUUUCAGGAAAGUUGUUGUCCAAAUGGAGUGGACCAUUUGAAGUUGUGCGUAUGACCCUACAUCGAGCUGUAGAAUUAUGGAAUGCAAUGAAAACAUCCACAUUUUUGGUUAAUGGACAAAGGGUUAAGCAUUACUUCGGAGAGGAUGUUGAUCACAAGGAGGAAGUCAUAGAAUUAGAAAAUGAAUGA